CAACAUGAAAACAAGAAUCCUGUUUGUAGUCACUGGAAGAAUACUGAUUUCCUUUGGGAUUAUAAGUCUGAUUUCUGGAAUUAUUGCCUUCUUUCCUGUUUUUUCCUAUACGCCUUGGUUUGCUGGAUGGAGUGUUCAUAUUGCUUCUCCCAUCUGGAAUGGAGCUUUGGCUGUUAUUGCAGGUGUACUUGUUGCUCUGGCUGAAAAACAAUGGACUCAGAGAUACCUGUGGGAAGCUGGCUUCACUUUUUGCAUCCUAAAUAUCAUCACUUCUCCAGUCCAAGGAGUCAUUGCUAUUGAAUCUCUCCUUCUUGGGCCUUACUGCUACUAUUCCUUUGCUGGGGUUUCAGGAACGAACUACCUUGGCUAUGCAGUCCGGUUCCCUUUUCCAUAUGACAAGUUUGCUCCUGCAUGCAAGGACCCGCUGCACUAUGAAUGGUACCACCUGGCACUGCAGAUCCUAGACUUUUGCUCAAGUCUUGCCAUGCUCUGUGCAUCUUUGGCGACGGUGGUCAAACUCACCGCAAGAAUGUUCCACUUUGGACACUUAAAUGGGGAAAGGAAUGCAUUGUGAUUUGGCAUCUCCAUUCAACUGACAUCAUCUUUAUAGAGGUCCCUGAAUAUCAUCACCAAAAAUCAUCAUUAUCAUCUGAUUUGAUAUGUAUACGCUAAGUUGUUUAUAUUUUUUGUAAAUAAAUGCAUAGUUGUUCAGGAUUAGAUUUCAACAAAUAUCACUGCUGUUGUAAAGGACACAAACAAAGGGAGGUGUUCGUUCAUAUUGCAAAAUGCUUCCAUAUGCUCCUGGGGAGAGUGGUUGGUGGACUCUUCCUUUCCCGGGCGGCCCCUUGUGUCUUAUGGGGUGGUGCUCCAGAGGGCUCCUGGCCUUGGUGGGGGGUGGGGAGUUGGAUGGGUCUGAGGGGCUGCCACCAGAAGCAGGAAGCUAAAAGGCCCCACAUGUGCAUGGAACAUUGCAUGUAGUACUAUAAUCAAUAAAAAUCUGCUCUUGCUGCCUCUUUUGUGGGACCCCUGGCAGGGAUGUCAUUAGGGGAUGGCCCAUAGGGCUCAGGCUCCCAAUGCAUUCAUUAGUUUAGAGCCCCACCACAACCCAUCAGCCACCUCCUUCUUGAUUGGGGGGCAGGCAGUCACUGCUGCUGCUCCAGCAGCAAUGAUCACUUCCCAUCUCGAUCUCCUCCCUAAAAGGUACUGUGCUAGGGAAAGAACAGAUGCUUUAUUUUUAUUAUUAUUAUUAUUAUUAUUAUUAUUAUUAUUAUUAUUAUUAUUAUUACAAUUUCUAUACCGCCCUUCCAAAAAUGGCUCAGGGCAGUUUACAAAGCGAGAUAACAAACAAAUAAGAUGACACCAUGCAAAUGUCCUCCACAAGUCCACGGAGGCCCACCAUGUGGAUGGUUUCUUAAAGAAGGCAGAGCGCCCACUUGGGGCCAUGCCCUGGAGGGCAAACAGUGGCAAGCGGCAGCACUGGUAGCCACGCCGACCAGAUAAGGAUCAGAUAAGGAUCUUACCAGAUAAUCUGGAUUCCCUGGAUCCAGACUUGUACAAUACUUUACAAGUAUUUUAGCCGCCCGAACCACCAAACCGGUUUGGUCAAACAGCAGCACACUAUUUAUAACUGAAAGAUGACACCGGCAGCACGUUGUUCGGCUUGAGUUCUAUUCGAAUUUGAGCUGCACCGUGAUUUUUGGUUUGUGCACACCCCUAACUGCUAGCAGAACAUCUAAUGCUUUCCGUUCACUUUGGUCAUCUGCAGGCAUAUUUAGUAUUCCGCAUAAACAAUGCAUAUUCCUAGCAUUGCUUGUAUGGUAUGCUCAGCACGUCCAUAGAGGAAGCAUCUGGGCAGAAGACUUAAGAAAAGUUAGUAAGCACAGGGCUGGCCACAGAAGCAGCAGCAUCCUACCCCACCUUUGUUUGGUGAAACAUGUUUAGGCAGUCUGGGAUCCUAAACACAGAGUCCACGUGAUGCCUUUGCCACACAGAGGCCACUUGAAACCAUCUCCAGCUGAUAGUGGUUCGACGUGGUGCUUGUUACAUGCAGAACACUUUGACAUGACAUCACCAACCCUCCUCUUCCAUGAUCCCUGGAACAGUUUAUAAAUCACCAGGCUGGUUCUGAUGGCAGUAAACUAAGCAGCGCAAGCAUUUUACACAGCUUCGGAGCUGUGCACACUCCCAAUUUUUGGUAGUCUGUCAGUAAACACCAAGGUAGGAGGUGGGGGAAGUGAUCAUGUGGGAGGCAAGAAAAGGCUCCAACGGCGGUGUCCUACCAGAAAUUUUACUGAGCUUAUUUGAGGGUGAAGGAAAUGUCAUUAAAGCCUGUGCCUUCCUCCCACAUGAUCACUUCUACUUCUUCCUACCUCGGUUUAUGCUGAAAGAUGACCUAAAAUCAGGGGCCUGGGUAGCGUGCUUGUCCUACUUGGUUUUCCAUUGUGAGAACCAAACUACUAUUUUAUAAAUUGAAGGAACAUACAUAUUCAUAAAUGCACAUAUGUCUUUAAAAAAAUAAUUUAAAAGGACUGCACAUAUGGACUGAGGAGGUCCGUCUCCAGUUGCCAUUGGUUUGUCUCGUGGCGACGCAGAGGUGGGCCUUCUCUGUAGCUGCUCCUGGGCUGCGGAAUGCACUCCCAGCAGAAAUUCGUAAUUUGAGAUCAUUGCCGUCCUUCAGGAGAGCCCUUAAAACCUACCUAUUUGGCCUGGCCUUCCAGGGUUUUAAAUGAUUAACUGUUUUAAAUUGUUUUUAAUUGUUGCCCUGAUUUUCAGGGCUUUUAGCUGUUUUAUUGGUUUUAUUGUGUUUUAAUAGUUUGAUUUUAAUUGUUAAUUUGUUUUAAUAGUUUUUAUCAUGCUGUGAACCACCCUGAGCCAUUUUGGAAGGGCGUUAUAUAAAUCUAAUAAAUAAAUAAUAAAUAAAAUAAUAAAUGAAGCAAGAAGAGACUGGCAAGGCUGAGGACUGACUAACUUAUCAUUGACUGAUUGAUUGAUUGAAUUGAUUAAGUGCUGUCAAGUCGGUGUCGACUUUUAGCAACCACACAGAUAGAUUCACUCCAGGAUGAUAUGUCUUCAACUUGGCCUUUAAGUUUUCUCAGUGGUGCAUUCAUUGCUGUUGUAAUCAAGUCCAUCCACCUUGCUGCUGGUCGUUCUCUUCUUCUCUUUCCUUUAACUCUCCCCAGCAUUAUGGACUUCUCAAGGGAGCUGGGUCUUUGCAUAAUGUGUCCAAAGUAUGAUAGUUCGAGCCUGGUCAUUUGUGCCUCAGGUGAAAACUCUGGAUUAAUUUGUUCUAUGAUGCAUUUGUUUGUUUUCCUGGCUGUCCAUGGUAUCCUCAAAAGUCUUCUCCAGCACCAAAGUUCAAAAGCAUCAAUACUUUUUCUAUCUUGCGUCUUCAAAGUCCAGCUUUUGCAGUUUGCAUCCAUAGAGUGUCAUGGAAAAAACCAUUGUCUGAAUGAUUCUAAUCUUUGUAGGUAUAGACAUCUAAAUGCGGCAGCCAGGCUGGUCUCUGGGUCAUCUAGGAGAGACCAUAUUACUCCUGUAUUGAAGGAGUUACCCUGGCUGCCGAUAUGUUUCCGGGCAAAAUACAAGGUGUUAGUUAUAACCUAUAAAGCCCUAAACAGCUUGGGCCCCCUGGGUAUUUAAGAGAACGUCUUCUUCGUUAUGAACCCCCACAGCCCAUUGAGAUCAUCAGGAGAGGUCCAUCUGCAUUUGCCACCGGCUUGUCUGGUGGCUACUCAGGGACAGGCCUUCUCUGUUGCUGCCCCGAGGCUUUGGAAUGCGCUCCGUAGUGCAAUAAGAGCCUCCCCAUCUAUGAAAAUUUUUAAAAAGGUCUUUAAAGACACAUCUGUUCACCCAGGCUCUUAACUGAUAUUGUUUAGGUUGUUUUUAAUGUUUUAGAAUAUUGUUUUAAACUUUUUAAAUUGUUGUGUUUUAAAUUUCUUGUUUUUGUUUUUAACUAAUGUUUUAAUGUUGUUUUUAUAUUCUUGUAAACUGC